AUGGGAAAACCUAGUGUACUUCUCAUAAGGCAUGUCAUGACAGUAUUUUCACUUAGUUUUUGCGUUACUCUAGAGCACAACCCUGAUGCAACUUAAAAAGGCUUACUACAACCGGAAACCAGUAGAGAAGCCACGGAAAAAUAAGGAAGCUGCAUCCAGCCAAGAAAUGGAGAAUGUCUCUACUGAAGAAGGCCAUGACAGUAAACUAAAAACAGAAAUGAAGAGGGAAAAGCCAGACAUUAAAACAAUUUGCAGCCUCUUAAAAGCUUCUUUCAGUCACAGAAGGAAGUGGAUCUGUAAACUUCAGGGUAAAGGAACGGUGAAGAAGAUCUUGGAGGAGUUCCCAGGAUUCAAGAAUUGGCAACUGGUAAUAGUGAUUCAGCUGCAUGAGAUUGACCAACUGUGUACUGAAUGUAUUACUGUACUGUAUAUAAAGCUUUAUUUCAAAUAACCCAGUUCUAUAUUUCAUGAUAUAAUUUUUCCUAUUGUCUUUUUGUAGCUCAUGAUACUGACAUCAUUAAUAACUGAAACAAGACAGUACAAAGAGGCUUGGUUAAAAAUGCUUCCUAAGUUGGGCGACUAUGUAGAGGAGCAUGCCCAAGAUGUCUUGGAAGAAGAAAAUGUUGAAAACUUCAAAGAAAUUGGUGAAGGUAAGUUGACACAACAUGGUAAAGACAUUUUUGUAAGUGGGACAGUAAUCAGGACUGAACUAUGACAUGGUUCUUUGAAACAUUUAGUAGUGGCUUGGAGAAGUUAUUAUUUGGUCACACAGUAAAUAAAUGGAAGCAUGGAGCAAUUACAGUCAACUCUCUAAUAACCUUCAACCAUACACCACAAAGUGGUUAAUUAUGGGAGAUGGUCACUUGAGAGAAGUGGUAGCUACAGUGUAUAUAUGGGAUAAUUGACUGUACUUCAGAAACUGGCAAUCCAAGAUGUACAUGUUGGCUAAGGUGGGAUAAUCAGUAGCAGUACUGGAAUUGUUCCAUGUGAUUGGAAGAUGACCCGUGUCGUUCCUUUAUAUAAGUCUGGUGGACAUGCAAGUAUGGACAACUACAGACCAAUCUCCAUAUUGCCGGUUAUGUCGAAAAUUAUGGAGAAAGCUGUCAACGUUUAAUUACAACGGUACCUACAGAGGUUCGACCUUUGCAGGGUUUAGACAACACCAUUCAACGGAGAGUGCUGUGCUCUAUUUUACCGAUGAGAUAAGAAGAAGUGCAGAGUCAGGAAAAUUAACAGGCGCAUUGUUUAUUGAUCUAAGGAAGGCCUUUGAUUCUGUGCCGCACAAGGAACUCUUAUCCAAAUUGAGAAGAUUUGGCUUUGGAGAAAAUUCGAUUAAUUGGUUUACAAGCUAUCUAUCCGACAGACUUCAAGCCGUUUCCCUGGAUAACGAGUUGUCGAGUCCUUUAGCUGUCCUAAGUGGAGAGCCUCAAGGGAGUAUCCUUGGUCCGGUUUUAUUUACGUUGUAUAUUAAUGAUCUACCUUCCUGUGUUGAUGUCUGUAAAGUUAUUAUGUAUGCUGAUGACACAGGUAUCUUUUUCUCGGCUCCACUAACAUCGGAAAUUGAGUAACAGUUAAAUUUGGAACUGAUUAAUCUGUCUGAGUGGCUGUCUACAAAUAAACUUAUUCUCAGUUUAAAGAAGACUGAGUUCAUGGUUUUUGGCACCCACCAGAGACUAUGUCGCCAAGACAUCGAUGGGGCUCAUAUAACGUUGGCAGGAGAAUCUGUGAAACACUGUGAUGCUUCUAAGUACCCAGGCGUAGUUUUGGACAACAGUCUUUCCUUUAACUUUAUUGACUAUGAGAAGAAGAAAGUUUCUUAAACACUGGGGAUGUUCUCAAGAAUUAGAUCAUCAUUGACAACUGAAGCAUCGAACCGAUUGUAUAAAUCGAUGAUACUACCAAAUUUGGAAUACUGUUGUGCUGUUUUUCAUCGCUGUGGUAAAGGAAAUGAAGAAGAAUUGGAACGCCUGCAGAGACGUGCUGCUAGGAUAGUGCUAAAGACAGUGCAUUUGUCCACUCAAGAUAUGGCUUCCAGUCUUGGUUGGGACCCUCUUAAGACGAGAAGAGAGAAACAUAUCGUCACACUUGUCAAGAAUUGUCUUGAUGGACAAGCUCCAAGUUAUUUCUCAGGUUAUUUUCGACGGCGAACUUAUGAUAUUCAUGACUAUGACACUAGGUCUAAGGAUAGGUUAUCUAUUGAUAAAGUCAAUCUCGAGUUGACUAAGAGGGCCUUUUUUAUAAGGGGCUACCCUUUUUAAUGAUUGUAUGUAGUUUUGUUCAUAAGGAGGCUACCUUUUUUCAUUGAUUAUAAUUAUGUAAUGUAUCCCAGUUUCGUAUACAAUUAAUGUUCUUAUCUUUUUAUUCAUAUAUUUUUAUACAGGACCCAGUUACGGACACCUUUUUCGUGUCCCAAGGGUGUCCGCUUACGAGAGCUUCCACUCUAUAACAUUGCUUUCAGCCAAAUUGUUUGAAACUGAAUAACUCUCUGAUUUUGUUCUUUGAAUUACAGUGUAUAAAUUAUUAUCUUUCCCUUGCAGCGGAACAAACACUUAUUGUGAUGCUAUCUCUGCCAAAAGCAUGGGACAUCCAAGAAAAGUUUAUACACUUUGUGGAGGUAAGAAUAUUCUACAUCCGUAAAUACCGGUAUAUAAUAUACAAUUUUAAACUUGAUGGAAUUUUUUUUUGUAUAUUUCCUUCAGUGGAUAUCAUAUGGUUAUGACAACCAACUACCAAAACUAAAUAUCUACUAACUGUAAGUGCACCAAGGAUGAAACUGCACCACAAGACAUACAUGCAUUGAAAGGGCCCUUAUGUUAUAAAAUAAGAUAUUGGCAUCUUGUAGGAUUUUCUAUCAAAGAAAGUAUCACCCUCAUCACCGCAAUCUGAUCCUAAAGGUUAACAACAGAGGCUGAUCAAUUAAUAUGAAUGCAGUAAUACCAUAUUAGCUUUUCAUUAAUCUUUUUUAUUCCCACGGUCAGUGAUGGAGACAUGCACUGUUUUGUUUUUGAGUCCUCCGAUGAAUUUUCAAUACCACUGGGAAUUAAACAGUUAUUUUUUUUGUCAGUGCUACAAUACUAAUGUGAUAAACCUUUUUCUCUAAUAGGAUGGUGACAACUUUGAAAGAUUUAUAAAAAAGGAGUUGAAUGCAGAGUGCCAUUUGGUAGCUGCAGAUAGAUCUGACAAGGUGCAGUUGUUCAUCACCAUAGACAACGAAGUAAUUGUUGAAACAGACAGUUAUUUGAAUGGCCUUUUCUGUUUCUUUGGGGCACAACAUGUCUUUAACUUGGAGUUUACAGAGAGUCUCAAAUUGUGCUUCAAGUUUCUGGAGGAAUAUGUAUUUGGCAUACCUCAAAAAAAAGAGAAGUACACAAUAUCAUAAUGGUGUAGCAAAGCUUCUUACUUUAGCAGUUAGCUGAAACUAGUAACACCCUUUGACGCAUUGGGAACGAAAUUACACAGCAAGAAAUUGUACGGAGGCGAAAACGAAAGUUUUGUUCAAUUAACUUCUCUGUGUGUAUGUUGUGGCCACUGUGAGAUAUCAGGGGGGAGGGAGGUGCCAUCAGACUUUCAGGCUGUUGAUUAUCUGUGUAACACCGUUGUUCUGUGGGCUACAAUAGCUUCACUAAUGGAUGGAGGUACUAUAGCCUUUGUAGUCUCCAUGCAAUCUGUAGUCUGGGUCAUUACAGAACAUUUAUUCCAGGUCCAUGGACUCCCUUCAAUUGGGCCGUGCAUCAUUUUCUAAAAGGUCUGAACCCUCUGCUAGAAAUAGUGUUCUUAACACAUAAUACAUUUUUUUCAAGCUUGAGGUUGUUUUAUAGCAAACUUGGCUGUUAUAUUCCUUUAAGUCUCAAGAUUGCAUGAUCAACAUCAAAUUUGUUCUCAUUAGAUGAAUUCAUGUACAGUUAUGACAAGAUUAUUAAGGAAGCAAUCACCAAACAGAAAUUGUAUUGAAAAUUUUUUUUACUUCUCCCAACUCGAUUGUAGGAGUAUAGGAAAUGUACAAGCUUAAAUGUAUAGGAUUAAACCUCAGUUAUAUUUGUGUUCUCAUCAGCUCCCUUUAUAGUUAGUCACUAUUUUAAUAGUGACUUAAGCAACUUUGGUCAUGGAAACAAUUAAGGUCACUGAGUCUAGAUCUCCUGAAUCAAUAUUUUUCAAAUUCAUUUUCUGAUUCUUGAUACUAUUUAAAAUUAAUGAUCCAUUUAUAAUUUAUUUAUUAACAAUAACAGAUCACUGAACUUGAAGCUAUUGCAAAUGAAAAUGAAUGUCCAAUCCAAGCCAAAAAGCCUUGUAAACCACAUGUAAGCAGUAAAGUGCAGAAUAAUUGCAGUGAGAAGCUUGAGCACCUAUCAAGAUUCCGGCUAUUAUGA